UCAGAGAAAAAGAAAAUGGCGGAAAAAAGCGAAACAAAGAACAAAUCCGUGGUUUUGCCGCUCGCUAGAAUAAAAACCAUCAUGCGGAGCUCGGCAGAAAUUCAUAUCGGGCAGGAGUCAGUCUACCUGGUUGCCAGGGCGACGGAGUUGUUUAUCCAGCACUUGGCUACGGAGGCCUUUAAGCAGGACCCUGAGACAACAGACACCCUGGCAUAUGGGGACCUGGCAGAAGUGGUCAAUGAUGCAGACAAUCUGCAAUUUCUUGCAGAUGUGAUCCCAAAGAAGAUAGUUGUUCGAGACUACCUGCGAAUGGUCAGACAGCAGGAAGAGGAGAAGGAAAGGGCCAAACAACAGAGUCUGCAGGAGGAAAGAGAAGAUACGGAUUCUUAGUCUUUUCUACAUGAAGUGAAAUUUGAGACUUAUUUUGUAGAAAUUCAUGUAUGAAAUAUAGACUGCACUGUUCCAAAUCAUCAAUGUCAUCUUUCAUAAAUUGAUGGGAAAUUUGCUGAGCAAGAAAUUAAAGUAUGGCUUUGUACAUAUUUAUUAUAUUUUACAUGUAGUACAUUCCUUUUUCAAGUCCAACAAAAACACUUCAAUUGUAUACAUUUGACCAUCGUGGUUUUGGCCAUGGCUGGAGCCUGUUGGGCAUUCAUUUUUUUUCUUGUAGAAUGUAUUUUGUAUGUACUGGGAAUGUUCAUCGGUAAAUAUUGUUUAGCUUUAAUCCAGUUUUAACUUUAAAGUGUAAAAGAUACAAAAUGUAGUUCAUUCCUCAUCUGCAUUGUUUGUAUGUGUGGCACAUUGUCGCAUACCAGAUAUUUACAAUAUACAGAUGAACAUAUACUAGCCUGUAUGGAGUUUAAUUGCCAUCAUUAUAAUUUAUUGGCAAGGGUGAAGCCUUCUUUAUUUUGUAUUGUGUGCAUGUAGAGUGAUAGACCAGAAAUGUAAACAGAAUAAUUACAGAAAGGAUUAUUUCAUUCUGGAGACUUAUUCUUACUAGGUGAAAACACACUUAUUAAGGUAAUAUUGAUAUGAAGAAAGGGAUAUCAAAUGAAAAAUUCAGAAGAGUGAUAAUGUUUGUACAAGUUUUGAAUAAACUUUAUUCUGUGUGACAUUCUGGA